GAAUAAAGGGAGAGGAGGUAAAAAGAUGGGAGGGUUUGUUUGGUGUGUGCAUGAAUCCUGAUGGUCCUCUGCCAGAUUGACCACAGCAAAAUUGAUUUGCUCCUCCCGUAUAAACAGAGAGCAACUGGAACAAAAGAGGCUUAAGAUUGAAAAGCAAGCAUUUCACUUAGAGAUUAACUGACAGUGGCAGACUGAGAAACGUGAUAUAGACAAACACAGAAGGGGACGACUGGUAAAGAGGAAGCAGUUAAUGUCUAAGGGAGCGAAUGGCUCAUGGAUGUGGUCUGUCCCGUCCUCCGUGCCUCCUGCCUUCCGCUCUCACCUUUCUUCAUCUGCCGAUUUCAGUAUAGCCAUCUUUCUCAUCAUCACAGGUGUGGUGUCUGUGGUUGGGAAUGGCCUGGUGUUGUUGGUGUAUGGCCAGAGGAGAAAGAAGCUACGAGUGCACGAGCUCAUGACCAUCAAUCUGGCUGUGUGUGAUUUUGGCUACAGUCUGCUGGGGGCGCCAUGUCUCAUCAUCUCGAGUCUGUCCCAUGCAUGGAUUUUUGGGGAAACAGGAUGUUUAUGGUAUGGGUUUCAGGGCUUUGUUUUUGGCAUUGGAUCCCUCAUCACCACAUGCCUUAUCUCCUUUGACCGCUGCUUCAAGAUCUGUAGCGUUCGAUAUGGUCAGUGGAUUGAGAGAAGACAUGCCUCUCUGUCUAUUGCUCUGGUUUGGAUCUAUACAAUAUUCUGGGCAGCAUUUCCUGCAUUUGGCUUUGGAAGUUAUGGUCCUGAACCAUUUGGGACCAGCUGUACCAUAAACUGGUGGAGAAUGAAGUCUUCUCUGAAUGAUAGAGUCUAUAUUUUUGUAAUCCUGACACUCUGCUUUGGAAUACCCACCUUUUCAAUCAUCACCUCAUACUUUGCUAUCCUCAUCACGGUGUGUCGAUCUGGUCGUUUAUUGGCCUCAAUUCCUUCAUCCAAUGUCACUCACAGCAGCAAAGAUCUACGGCUGACAAAGAUAGCAGCAGUGGUGUGUUCCUCAUUUUUGAUUGCCUGGACUCCCUAUGCGAUUGUUUCACUUUACUCUGCUCUAACUGCUCGAGAGGAGCAGACUGGAGAAGAUGGAGGAACAUCUCUCUUGGCCGGAGUUUCAGAUACAGGGAUCGGGCAUGGUGGAGGGUUCCCUGGUGUCUUUGGUUUUCCUUUCCUCAUUAACUGGACCUCUCCAGAACACUUCCCAGAUGCUUUCAGUUCCUGGAGGAAUAUGACUUUAGAUCAUCAUCACUCUCAUUCAGUAGGGAAUGGACUUAGUUCAUCUGUUGGUUCAGUGCAUGGAGGAGUGGACGGACAUAGGUCACAUCCUGUGUCCAGCCUGAGGCCAGAGGUCACGCUGAUACCUGCCCUUUUUGCCAAGUCACACUGCAUGAUAAACCCCUUUAUCUACCAGAUCAUGAACCGUGACUUCAGAGAGGACGUCUAUGAUCUGCUGUGCUUUAGAGGGAAAGAUGGAGAGAGAAGGAGAGGAAGGAGCAGAGAGGGAAGUGAUUCUGAUGGGCAACGUGGGAGCAUCAGUCUGUCUUAUAUUCACAGCUGGAGAAGAAGAAGCACAGCUACUAGUCAGCCAUCUGGGGAGCGUGUGAAGAAAGAGUCUUCGCAGAAGAGUAGAGGGAAGAGAGGGUCCUGUAAGGACAAUGCCUCAGCCGGGUGGGCAUCAUUGGAUACUGCAACCUUAGAUACGCAGGCCAACUUAGAAAGAGAGAGAGGGAAGGAAGGGGAGAGAGAGACCGAGAAAGAAUUUAGAGGAUACACCUCUAGCAGCUUGUUGACAUGUGAGGAGUGAUACUGAGUGAUGUUUACUCUAAAUACCAAACAAAUGCAGUUUUACGGAGAAAUGCCAUGUACUUCUUAAAGGGAUGAUUCUCCCAAAAAUGAAAAUUCUGUCUUAUUUACUCAUCCUGAUGUUGUUCUAAACCCAUAUGACUUUCUUUUUUCUGUAGAACACAAAAUGAGAUGUAAGGCAGAAUGUUCAGUUUCAGUCACUAUUUACUUUAAUAGUGUGGAGAAAAGAUGCAAUGAAAGUGAAUGGGACUGAGUCUAACAUUCUUGAUUACAUCACCCAUUGAGGUCCCAGGGGGAAAAAAAGUUAUACAGGUUACAUGAGAGUGAGUAAAUAAUGGCAGAAUUUACAUUUUUGGGUAAACUAACCCUUUAAUGCAAUUAGUUAACUCAAAGUAUUUGUUGUUUGUAGUUACAGUGCAAAAGUAAAGUGUUCUUUUCCAUAAUUGUUGUUCAGUAUGCAAUGCUACACACAAUUUAAAUGAAUAUUCUGGGUUCAGUUCAAGUUAAACUCAACUGACAGCAUUUGUGGCACAGUAUUCAUCACCACAAAAAUUAAGAUCUGGCAACACUGCAUUUGGUAUUUCACCCACCCCUUAGUGCAGAGUACUGUCAUUUUAAAAGGAACAUUAUUAACUGUUCUUUUAUUUUGUUCUUAUCAAGUAGCCAUUUGGAAAGGAGACUGCAGAACUUUUGAACCAGAAUGAAAAAAAUAUUGUUUUUGCUCAGAACGAAUCGAAAUGAAAAACAUAGAUUUUUUAUUCACUGCCUGGAAUAUUCUUUUAAUAAAGACUUUUGCACCCACGUCUUUAUGCUCUCAUGUGUGCUUUAAAUUUGAUACAUUUCCACAUUUGUUUUGUUCUUUGUAUGUUUAUUAUUGAAUCCCAUGUUUUUAUUUAUUAAGGUCUUGUGUGUUAUAUUUUAUGAAACAAUUUCUACUUUCUAUUU